UUUGUAGCACAUUCAAAUUGCCAGCAACUCUUAGCGUCGCUGUGGUAUGAAGGUUUACCUGGUUUCCGCAGGCGCCAUAUUGCCUUCAAGGUUAUCAUGACCUCGGUCAUCGGCAUGCUGUUUCCAUUGUGGUCAUUAAUCUACAUCAUGGUGCCGAAAAGUUCUUUGGGAAAACUUCUUCGGAAGCCAUUUGUCAAGUUUAUAUGUCAUAGCUCCUCCUAUUUCACAUUUUUGUUUUUGUUAAUCCUCGCCUCUCAGCACAUAGAAUCCAUAGACAGCAUUACAUUAUGGGGGGAAAGCAAGGCAAGCAGUAGCCUACAGCUUGGGGAGAUCCGCGGUGCUCCCCCUACCAUUAUAGAAUGGAUGAUCCUUCUGUGGGUGAUAGGUCUAAUAUGGGCAGAGAUAAAGCAGCUUUGGGACGAGGGUGCGCAGGAAUAUAUACAGGACAUGUGGAACAUUCUGGACUUUGCCACAAACACAUUGUAUAUUGCUACUAUUACACUCAGGAUUGUGGCCUACAUGAAUGUUGAGCGAGACGUCUCGGGAGGUGUACCCACCAGAUAUGUCCCCAGAAAAGACUGGAACGCCUUCGAUCCCAACCUCAUCGCCGAGGGUACCUUUGCAGCUGCCAAUAUCUUCAGCACUCUAAAACUCAUCUACAUUUUCACUGUGAAUCCACAUUUAGGGCCCUUGCAGAUUUCCCUGGGGCGCAUGGUGAUGGAUAUCAUGAAGUUCAUGUUUGUUUAUUUUCUGGCAUUGUUUUCAUUUGCCUGUGGCAUCAACCAGUUAUAUUGGUACUAUGCAGCUGCCAGAAGACAAGAGUGUCAAGUCAGCGAGAAUGAGUGCAAGAAAAAUCAUGAGGCAUUAUCUAAUUUGUUUGAGAUUAUGCAAACCCUUUACUGGGGCAACUUUGGCCUAAUAGAUUUGGAACACUUCACUCUGAAGGAAGACCACACCAUCACACAGCUCUUGUUGAAGCUGAUGUUUGGAACCUAUUCUUGGAUUGCUAUUGUGGUGCUACUCAACAUGCUCAUUGCCAUGAUGAGCAACUCUUUCCAGAUUAUUUCAAGCAUGCAAGACACGGAGUGGAAAUUUGCCCGCUCAAAAAUGUGGAUGAGUUAUUUUGAGGAAGGGGGCACCCUCCCUGCCCCUUUCAAUAUCAUACCCACUCCCAAGACAGUCUGGAAUAUUCUGGUCUGGCUGAAGAAUGUUUUUUGCAGGUGCUCUAAGAGACAGAAGAGAAAUAGGUGGCAGAGUAUUAGGAAACUUGUUAAGAAAAUCCAUGACAGGGAACAGAAGUACCAGGCGGUAGUUCGAGACCUUAUCAAACGCUACAUCAUGUCCAAGCAGAGGUUCAAGGAAGACGAAGGGGUCACAGAAGACGACAUCAAUGAGAUAAAGACAGAUGUAUCAUCAUUUCGUUAUGAAUUACUUGAAAUUCUACGGAACAAUGGCAUGAAGAUCCCAGAAUACACACAGAACAAACCGAGUUCGAGGAUGAGAAGACUGGAACAAAAGAGGAGCAAAACAAGAUUCUCUUUGCAGGAUCUUGACCGGGUGCGUCAAAGGAUUACAUCCAGCUCUCCAGAUCUCUAUCGGCAAGGGAACCAAUCAAGUUCAUUACGCAUGGCCCACAGUAAUGGCUUGAAGAAACGGCCAGAUUUGGAGACUGUGCAGGAAGAACGAUUUGAACGCUCAAAACACUGGAGUCUGAAAAACAAUCGAGGGCCACCGAAAAAUGUGCGUACCAAAAUGGUGCCACAGGACAGUCUUCAAGAUGAGGGAAUUGGGGAGUCCUUUGAUCAGCAGACGGUCGUCAGUGAGCCAGGUUGUACUACGAACGGACCUAAUGGCUACCUGAACAAUUCGUUUGACAGAAUGAAAGGAGAUGACAUUGAAGUAGUAUUGGACCCAAUCCAGUCUGAGACCACCACAGAGCAAGUUGUGGUAAAUAAUAAUUCAGAAAUUCUCCUGGAACCCAGAACCCUUCCAGGUUUUGAAAAAAGACGUCCCGAUACACCUAGUGAACAGAGGAGUCCCUUUACGAACAAGAGACUUGGGUCCAUCAAGAAGGCCAACUUCUCCUGGGGGAGUUCCGAGGAAAGUGAAAAUGAAGAUUGUGGCAACAUUGGCAAGCAGACAUAUUACUAUGAUGGAAAACCUCAACUAGAGGGUCUUCCUGAAGAGAAGUCGCCAUCAAACUCCCCCAAGGGUGACAAGAAAAGUGAGAAUAAAAAAGUUCCCACAACACAUUUCUAACUUCACCAUGUCCCCGUCUCUGACAAACCCUUUGUUGAAUGUCCAGUUUGUUAGCAAAAUUUUCAGUUAAAAAUUUUCAGUUUCAGUUAAGUCGGGUUAAUAGGUUCUAACAAGUAAGUACCUUGGUUUAAAAGGGUAUGUAAUUUUCCUUUCCCUUGUGCGUCCGUAGAAAAUGUUUCAGAGAAGUUAAAUGGUAUAUAUGCCACCCACGUCUCCCUAGAUCAGACCAUGUGUUCUUAUUACGUAUCUAUAUACCUCAUCUUUAUCUCUGCUGUAGAGAUAUACAUAACCUAGAGCAAAGAGUCGAGAAAACAAAUGAUAUGCCGUUAGCUAAGGUAGUCAUGGCCAGUAUCCAAAAUGGGAGCCUUUCUGAAAGGACUCCAACUUCUUUUACGUGGUACAUAGGAAAGGAGGCAGAAGUUGGUACAUAUCACUCAAAUAUCUGUUAUUGAUAAUCUGAUGUGUGCAUUUUAAGGAAGGGCAGAGAUGCAAUCUGCAUGACAUAAGAAAGUUCUUAGAGACAGUUUGUCUGUAAAUCUGUUUUUUUUUUCAUAAAGUUAUGCAACUAUUUGUCAUAGAUAUUCUGAAGUUCAAAACAUGGUUCACUGUUACCUUGUGGGUAUUAAGUUUUGUUCUACACGUACCU